AGCAAAACACCCUCAUUGGAAGGAAGAAGUCCCGAUAAAGUGGUUGCUUCUGGAAAAGAGGCUCCGUGACACCACCGAUCUUUCUUUCCUUACUUUUGAAAAAGUUGUUGAGCAUGCCAUACCAUUUAAGAUGAAUGAGAAAGAUGUCAGAGUCUUUUUGAUAUUUUAUCAUUCAAUUGGAAAAAUGAUCUACUUCGAUGAUGAGAGUAUCAAUAAUAUAGUGAUCUUGGAUCCUCAAUGGCUAAUAAACGUAUUCAAGAGCAUUAUAACAGUACCAAGAUUCGAUAGAAAGAAUAAUGAAGAAAUCAAUCUCGACUUCUUGACUGAAUUAGAAGAAAGGGGAAUACUUAAAGAAAAGUACAUCGAGCCUAUAUGGAAAAAGCGAUUCCCAAGUAUAGGUUUGGAACGUGAUACCUUUAUACAAAUUAUGCAAAAGUUUGACUUGAUAUGUCCAUUGAAAGUAAGCUCUGUAAACGAUGAGCAAAGUCGUGAGUUUUUUGUGCCGUGUAUGCUUCCAAAAUUUGAUAAGAAAAAUGUGAGCAAAGAACCAGUAGUUUGUAAGCCAAUUUACUAUACAUUUCGUUUUCUCCCAAACGGACUCUUUCAUAGACUUAUCGCAAAGCUUUGUUUCGAGAAAAUCAGAGAAUGGCCAUUAUGCGACCCCACAUUUCGUUUUCUCCCAAACGGACUCUUUCAUAGACUUAUCCCAGAGCUUUGUUUCGAGAAAAUCAGAGAAUGGCCAUUAUGCGAGCCCAAUUUGUUCUUUGAUUAUGCCCGUUUUAAAGCUGGCAAAUUCCAUUUCUUCACAGUAUGGAAAAAAGACAAUUAUAUCAAAUUAAAUAUUCACAUGUUUGAUAAGAAAAUAAAGGAUAUGAGCGCGUACCCCGUAUGUAUCGACAUUCGAGAGAAAAUAGAGGCAACAUUGGACUCUAUCAUACAUAUGUAUUGCCCAAGUGUAGUGUACGAGGUAGCCGUGAAAUGUGAGUUUGAAGAGAAUUGUUUAAUGGCUGUCUCUGAGAAGGACGUUGUAGAAAAUAAUGGGAAAUUGUGUGACAAGCAUGGCAACUUCAAUGACCUCGAGCCAUAUAGGCCAUGGUUCUCAAAUAGACCUCCACAUAGUUUCCGACUGUUAGCAGGGAUAGUAGUGGUCAUAUCAAUAUUUCUAGCAGUGUGGACGCAAGGCAGGGUAGGACUGUUAGCAGGGAUAGUAGUGAUCAUAUCAAUAUUUCUAGCAGUGUGGACGCAAGGCAGGGUAGGACUUACGGGCAUUGUCUCACCAAGCAAAUUUGGCGAGGGAACCUCGCACAUGAAGAGUCGGAUGUAUGGAAUUGUAAACAGUGUAGAUGUGAAACAAAACAUUCAACAGUACCUCACACACGAUACUCUAGAUGAUGUAUUGCUGAAUAUAAUUGGGGAAAAGAUUGGGGAAGAUUUUCAAACCCUUGCAAUUAAUCUUGGGCUAAGGGACGAAAUCGAUAACAUAAAAGCAAGUGAUCCACAUGUGGCUAGAAAUUGGGGAUUCCAGUUGCUAAAGUUAUGGCAGCAGAGAACGGAGGUUCUUCACCAAAAGGAGGCUCUUGCAAAGACACUUAGAGAUAUCAAAAGAGUUGAUCUCGCGAGAGAAGUCGAGGCCUACACACCUCCUUAAACGAUGAAAACGCUCCCUCGUUUACUAGGAAGAGGAAAUGUGAUUUGUCCCCUUAAAUUCGUACCAUGUAGAACAUAUAUUUCAAGACCAUCGACAACAGGCUUGAAGAUGAAGAGUGAAGAGUGCGUGUGUGUUUCGUUCACGCACCACGGACACAUGACUGUGAAACAAAUUGAGAAAAUAUGAUAUUUUGGAUGUAAUGUCUUUCAACGGGAUAUUGAGAGUUGGGUGGAGCAGAUAUAAAUGGUGAAAUGUAUCAUUACCCUGUACUUCGAUAUGCGAAUGACAUCGCAUACACGCACGCUUACACGCAUAUUUACACGCACACAUACAACCAACAUUCACAUCAACAAUAGCUUAACUGUUAUUUCUAGGUCACAUUUCCCCCAAUUCAUCAGCCGGCACCCUGCCGAUUUAGUAUUUUGUUCAAAAUUGAAGGUCAGAUCUUAAAUUUGAGGUCAGAUGUGUUCUCCUGAGAACUUGUACAUGAUUUUAAAAAAAGGUUUGGUCAAUUUGAAGCAAGCUGAAAUCAGCUUUGAACAAAAUACUGCAAUCGGCCUGGCGCCGGCCGAUGAAUCGGAGCAAAGAUGACCUAUGCAUCAUACAAGCUA